AUGUUCUCUCCGUUCAGGCGUUCAGCACCCACGUCUACCGCAGCUGGUUCUGCGGUCAGCGGAAACAAGCCCAAGCCCAAGGGCGUCUACAACGGCGUGGCGAUACUGCCCAGGCUCAUGGAGCUGUCUCCGCUUUGGCGUAUUCGCGCUAGCAGCGCCUCCAUGCCCUCCAAGGAUAGCACGAUCAGCCUCUCGGUCCAGAGCAGUAUGGGGCCAGAGAGCGAGCAUUUCACUCAGACCACAGGCUUUGAACUCGGGGAGCCACAGCGCGAGGUCUCCCCCGACGACCCCAAGAAGCGCAAAGUUCACUUCCUGCUCCCGCUCGAAGCCGAAACGCGCAAGGCCGUCCGCCAAAUCGAGACCCCCAACGAAAUCAACGAGAUCAGCCUCAUAACACAACGGCUCGCCAAGCUAUCGGCAUCCAGGGCAAAAACGCCAACUGUCGUCGGCCAUCGCAAUGUCUACCAAAGCGCGAAGGCUUCCAGUAAGCCGGAGGUGCCCAAGGCCAAGGGGACUUCGGACGGUAUACUAGCGGAGCCGAUCAAAGGGAUGCUUGACGACAGCGGUAGCGGAGACGGCUCACAGAGCGUAGAGAUUGCAAUGGUCGCAAGGGAGGAGAGGUUCAACGAUGAGUACCCCAUUCCUGCUCCCGCCGUUCACCCGACCGUCUCCGAGGAGCCGAAGCCACUUGCGCGCAAGAUCUACAACCUCUCCGGCAAGAAAGUUUGGCCAGUCCUCAGCUCCAAACCGGCGCUCAAUGGCAAGCAGGUGCUCGAGAGAAAUUCGGCAGAGAGGAAGCCAUCCGGACAGGUAUCAAAUCAAAGGCUACCCGACCCCUCCUUCGUUCCAGACUCUCCCUUGCUGCGCCACCCGUCGGCUCCAGGCCCAAAGCACCGCAGAUCUCGCCGCCGCGUCAGCGUGAUGCACAAGACCAGAAUCCAUCCCGCUCGCUACUUCAAACAGAAGCUCGACGUCGUCGAAGAGGAGGAUGUCGAGGAGGAAGCAGGGCCAGAAGUUCAGGGCGAACCAUGGGUCCUCGUCGGCAUCCCUCAGCCCCUGUCUCAGCUGCACAAGUCGCGCAGGAUUACCCACGUGAUGCGGAGGGUGGUAUCCGGAGGAGCGAUGAGGGCAAGAGAGCUCUUCAGCAAGGCGAAAGCAAUGCCGGUGGACGCCAACCCAAGAACCGCCUCAGAAGCGGAGACCAUGGCCCUUCCUUCCAAGGUUUCAAACGUGACCGCCCAUCAGGCACGCGGAUUGGGCUCGAUGACUCAAACACAAGUCCUAGCGAAGAGGCGUAGAGUCUCAGACGACGGAAUGGUAUUAGGAUGGACUCCCCCAGCUAAGAAGGCCCGAGUUUCCCAGGCAACGCCAGAACAGAAAUUGUCUGCUACCGUCCCGGCUGGUCCUACAGUUGUCGAAUCCCAGGCAGGGGAGUCGAGUCGCACGCCUCAGGUCUCACUCAAAAGGUGUAGGAGCGUGGACGAAGCCUCAGAAGCCGAGUACCCCAGUCAGAAACUAAACGAAGUCCGUCCGAUGAAGAAGCUCCGGCGCGUUUGA